AUAUAUAUAUAGUAGAAACUUAAUUUCCUGUAAAGCUGCUUUGCAACGAUUGUAUUGUAAAAAGCGCUAUACAAAUAAACUUGAAUUGAAUUGAAUUUGUUAAAUCAAAUGCAAAAUUGUGUGUCUGAUUGGUCCAAAUGCUACAUAGGUGUUGAUUUUCGGACCUCAGAGAUCUCAAAGGAGUAUUACUGAUACCAUACUUGACACUAACAUUUUUUUAAUGUUUUAUGAGACGUGCACCAAGUGUAUGUUAGCUUAUAUCCCGCCGGUUCAUAUUUACGCAUCUUAACCUCAUAACCAUGCAUCAGAUUCGUUCUGAAUGAAUCUCUUCCCAAAUCGUCCCUCCCAAACAUUUUUGUCGUUUUUUAUUCAUUGACGAAAAUGUCAAUAGAUCUGUCAUAGUUUUUGUCAUUCAAAACGAGUUUUAGCUCGUUAUCAUCUUGUUUUCAUUGGUGAAAAAAUGUUGAUGAAAAUUAUUCGUCAACGAAAUGAACACUGCUGUCCUGCUGGUAGGUCCAAUACUCUGGCAGGUUGAGCUUCUGUGCCGACGCCAUCAGGUUUUCAUCCAGAAUCUUAGGAGGUAGAUAGGAGGUAGUCCUCAUUUUUCAUGAUACCAUCUAUCGUAACGAGGUUACCUGUACCACUGGCAGAGAAACCUGCUGUGCUUGACUUUUGGGAUGGUAUUUUUAGGAUUGAAGACUUCCUUCCUUUUGGUGUUCCUUUUUUACACCACCCUGCUGAAAAAUUCAGCAUAAACCAGCAUGGAUUCCAAGCUGGUUCAUGCAGGUUUAUGCUGGUUAGUGCUGGUAUAGUGCUGGUCUAGCUGGUGGACCAGCACAUCCAUUCUGUUCUCAAGCAAAAUGGAGCUGGUGAUGCUGGUUCACCAGCAUGGGCUUUGUUCACUCGGCAGGGCAAACAUUUGCAACAUCCAUAUGUCCAAAGAGCUACAAUUUAGACUCGUCUGACCAGAGGAUGGAUGACCAGAAGUUCGAUCUCUAUCUAGAUACACAUGUAGGUAUUCCAUCAAAGAGGCAGCAAGUCCUGCCCCCCGCUGAAGAAAUGGAGUGGACCAUCCUGGACACUUUACUGGAUACCACCAGCGUGGACAGCUUAUAUGAUGACAUUACAGACCUAGGUUAUGUCCCAACCCCUAUGAUGACUCAGACUGAAGUGGAACUUGGAGACCCAGGGGAACAAGUUCAAGAGCCAGAGCCCCAGCCAGAGCCACAGCCUGAUGUGGAAUCACGUCGACCACCAAUGAGAGAGCCAUGUGGUGCCAAAUGUCGAAGAAGGUGUACAGACCAUAUUUCAGAGGAAAGACGGAGGGAGAUAUGGAGUCAAUACUGGGAGAUGACCUACACAGAAAGACGAUCAUGGAUGUUUUACUUAGUUACCCUAAUGCCAACCAAAAGACUAACAACUGGCCCAGAAAGUCGCCGUGGCCGCUCAUUCAUCUACCGGCUGCAAAACCAAAAAGGAGAGCCAAGACAGGUCUGCAAAAUGUUUUUCCUGUCAUCAUUGGGCUACCACCCUAAAAAUGACAGUCUUGUCAUUUCCAUGAUGGGGAAGUCGAACUCCAGGCCACUGGUUCCAUCCAAGGACCAGAGAGGAAAGCAGGCUGCAGUCAACAAGAUGGACGUGAAGACCCUUGAUGACCACAUUGAGUCCUUCCAUCCUUGUGUGAGCCAUUACAGACGGGAGCAUGCCCCAAACCGACGGUACCUGCCAAGUGACAUCACAAUAAAGAUGAUGCAUUCAGACUACCUGGAUAAAGGAAACGCCUGCUCCUAUGAAGCAUACAGGAAGAUUAUAAAAGACAAAAAAAUCAGCUUUGCCAAACUUGGGGAGGAGCAAUGUGAGGACUGUUUGGAACAUGCUGAACAUGCGAACUGCCACACAGGGGAGACUGAAAGCUCAGAUUGCCCAGAGUGCCUAAGGUGGAACAAACUUAAGGAGUCUGCCCUAGAGAGCCGCCAAAGCUACCAGGCAGAUGCAGAGAGGGACUGGCCGGACAUGACAUCAGUUCGGAGCGUGGACCUCCAGAAGGUGAUAAUGCUGCCACGCAUGCCAGGAGUCAAGUCAGCAGUAUUUACUCGUCGCAUCGUGGCAUACCACGAAUCAUUUGCCUCAGUGGGGAAAAAAACUAACAAAAAAAAACACCAUCUCUGUAUUGUGGCACGAGGGAAUGGCUAGGCGAAGUGCAGCGGAAAUUACAUCAGCAUACACAACUGCAUUGGAGAAGGAGCGGGAUGUACGCCACACCAUAUUCUGGGUGGACAACUGCAGUGCACAGAAUAAGAACUGGUGCCUUCUAUCCUCACUCGUCACUCUUGUGAACAGUGACACCAUUUCACAGGAGGACAUCACUCUAAAGUUUUUUGAGAGGGGACACACGUUCAUGAGCGCAGACAGUUUCCAUCAUGGUGUCGAGCAGCAAAUGAGGAGCCGUCCAGGUGGUGUGGUCUACGACUUGAGGACUUUCUGAGUGUUGUGGCAAGCUCCAACUCCAGGAAGGUGGAGGUUGUCAAAUUGGAGAAUGCCAAUGUGCUAGAUUGGAGGGAUGGCCACUCCACCGUCAAGGUCAAGAAAGCGCAAGCACCAAAGCUUGGGGAGAUGGUGGAGAUACAGGUGCGGCGUGGCUCCAAGAGCAUAUUUUACAAAUUAUCCCAUACGGAGAACGAAUUUAUGGAAUUGGACUUCCUCAUGAAGAAAUUCUCGCUGAAGGUGCCCACUCUUUUGCGACCACAGAAUAGAGGGGUUGAGGAGGUCAAGAAGAGAGACAUCAUCUGUAAUCUUUGUCCUCUCAUGCCACCAAACAGGAGGGUGUUCUGGUAUUCCCUGCCUGUGAGCAAUGUUGUGGAGGAUGAGGAGUAAUAACCAUAUGAAAUGUGGUGUUCAUCAAUUAUUUGUAUUAUUAUUAUUAUUAUUAUUAUUAUUAUUAUCAUUAUUUUAUUUAUUUAUGUAACCAGGUUGAAAAGUUGGUGUCGAAUGCAAGACUGUUUUUUUUACCCCCCUGGUUUGAAUGUACUGUGCAUAGUGUGUUUUCAUCUGUUGCCAUAAUGUUAUGCUGGCCCUUUAAGAAACACGGCGGCGUGAGUGUCGUGAAGUGCUGCGAGAGCCGCGAAUGAGCAGCACGAGUUAUUGGUGCAGGGUGGAUGUUCCUCGUGAAGUGGAGGAUUGAGGUCGUUAAAAUCCAUUAAAACCCAAAAUAUAGAGAAAUAUGUACAUACAGUGAGUUAUAUACUCGUUCUCAGUGUGAUGGGAAUUCGGAUGGCUGUGUAAUUUUGCAUAUCAACAGUGAUUGCUGACGAACAGAUCGUGUAGGGAAGCUAACCAUUCCUCACCAAAGCGUAAGUGUUGAUGAUAGUCUGUAUCAGUGUACUGUUAAAAACUUUAUUUGUGCAUAAUCUAAUGCAAACCAGUGUUAUUGAAACAGUUAUUUUGUUUAGAGGGGAGAAAAGUGCUCUGUAGACCCUCUGAGUGUUUCCGGUGUGAGUGUGAAGCAUUCAAGUGAGUGUUGUUCACUUUUAUUGAUUGUAAAAGUGUUUACUAGUCAUGUGCAUUCAUGUUUCAUUGGAACAAGUACCCAGAUAGCACACGUACGUCUGCAAGAUGUCUGUUAAAGAUCUGUUGAUCUGGAAAGCAUCUGCUGUCUACAAACAUCUGACAGACAUCUGUAAGAUGUCAGUUUUACAUACAUUCUAAAUCAUAAACAUCUUAAAGACAUCUAAUAGACGUCUAUUUGACAUCUAAAAGGAGACGUCCUAUAGACGUAUUGCAGAUGACCAAACACCCUAAAAAAUAUGUCUUGCAGAUGUCAAAUAGACGUCUCCUAGAUGUACGUGUGCUAUCAGGGUAUAAUGGUAUUAUUGUUUUAACGUCCAUGUGUUCCAAAUGUUAAGGAAAAGUUUUGUAUUUUGUCCCUUUAUCGUCCGCAGAGGGAAAUCGAGUCAGCAUAUGGCAGUGUUAACAUGUACAUGUGCUAGAGUGGUGAUGAGCUGUAAGUUUGAAUCAUCAAAUUCCUAUGAGCACUCCUUUACUACCCAGAUAGCACACGUACGUCUGCAAGAUGUCUGUUAAGGAUCUGUUGAUCUGGAAAGCAUCUGCUGUCUACAAACGUCUGACAGACGUCUGUAAGAUGUCAAUUUUACAUACAUUCUAAAUCAUAAACAUCUUAAAGACAUCUAAUAGAUGUCUAUUUGACAUCUAAAAGGAGACGUCCAAUAGACGUAUUGCAGAUGAGCAAACACUCUAAAAAAUACGUCUUGCAGAUGUAAAUGCAGAUGUCAAAUAGACGUCUCCUAGAUGUACGUGUGCUAUCAGGGUAAUGUAAGGUUGACUGUGUUAAAUUGUGCAGUAGCGUUUGUAAUGUAUUAAGGAUAUCAAAAAUGCAACUUCUAAUUUCCUUUCCGUGUACUUUUCAUGUAAUUUGAGUAGCCUUAUUUGGUUUGACAACUUUGAUUUGUUGACAGCUUACACCUAUGUGUCUAUUUGUUUUCCAGCAUGAAAGGCUACUACCGUUGUCUAUGUUAGCUGGUUAUUGUGAAUGUGGAAAAAGAAAUGCACUCAAUUUGAUGUGAUGAUCAACCUUUAUUGCUCUCAAUGGCUGUAUUUAAGUUCUCAUUUUUCUGUCCAAAACCCCAAAAUUUGCAUACUUAAUGCUGCGCUGUUCCAAGUGCAGUCUGGAAUAAAAGGCCCGAUUGAAAUUCUUCAUCCUGUGUCCGGUGUGACAAA